AUGCACUUGCCAGAGAUUCUGCUGGCCCUGUUACUCAUUGUCGUGUUUGUGGUGUCCCUACUCGCCAAUCUGCUGGUGCUGAUCUGCUUUUUGUACAGUGCCGAGAUCAGGAAACAAGUGUCUGGCAUCUUCCUGGUCAACCUGUCCCUGUGCAAUCUGCUCCUGACUAUCCUCAACAUGCCCUCCACUUUCCUGGCCAUGCUAAGCCACCAGCAGCCCUUUGGUGACUGCCUGUGCAAGGCUCUGGGCUUCUUGGAAACUUUUCUGACUUCUAACACCAUGCUCAGCAUGGCAGCUCUCAGCAUAGACAAAUGGAUCGCUGUGGUUUUCCCAUUGAGUUACACCAGCAAGAUGAGGUAUAAGGACGCAGCGAUCAUGAUGGGCUACACCUGGCUGCACUCUCUCACCUUCCCCUUGGUUUCCUUGUUCCUCUCUUGGUUGGACUAUAGCAGCAUGUACGCCUCUUGUACCUUACAGGUGCACGAAGCUCCGGAGAAAAAACGUUUUAUGGUGUUCACCAUCGUUUUUCACGCCGCCAGUUUCGUGCUGUCGCUGGUCAUUUUGUGCUUCACCUACUUAAAAGUGCUGAAAGUGGCGCGGUUUCACUGCAGGAGGAUAGACAUUAUCACCAUGCAAACACUGGUGCUGCUUGUAGACAUACACCCCAGUGUGAAGCAGAGAUGUUUGAGUGAGCAAAAGAGAAGACGGCAACGGGCGACAAAGAAAAUCAGUAUUUUUAUAGGGUCGUUUGUGGUGUGCUUCGCUCCAUAUGUUAUCACAAGGUCAGUAUAA